ACAAAGACAAAAGUGCGGCGUCGUCUUUUCUCUCGGAAGUCUCGCCAUGGUCUAGGUAGUUAGUUAGCUAGUUAGCAUCGCUAUUCCGUGGCGUUGACAGUUAUAAUGCAGAACUAAAUCAAAGCCUAAUGAUCUUCGGAUUCAAAACGAGAAUAUAACUGAUCUUUCUGUCCCAAACAGGAUGGACCCUGCUCUGCUAAGAGAGCGUGAACUCUUUAAGAAGAGGGCUCUGUCCACUCCGACAGUCGAGAAGAGACCGGCGUCCUCCGAAGCUUCUGGAUCGUCCAAGAAAAAAAAGAGCAAACCUGACAAGGACUCGUCUUCGGCGUCUAAAAACAUCACAGAUUCCACUAAUGGAUCCUUCAAUCUCAAAGCUCUCUCUGGAAGCUCAGGCUACAAAUUUGGCGUCCUUGCACGAAUCGUCAACUACAUGAAGACCAGGCAUCAGAGAGGAGACACUCAUCCCCUAUCUCUGGAAGAGAUUUUAGAUGAGACCAAGCUGUUGGACAUCGGCUUAAAGCAGAAGCAAUGGCUCAUGACCGAGGCCUUGGCAAGUAACCCCAAGAUAGAUGUGCGUGAAGGGAAAUAUGCCUUUAAACCUAAAUACCAUCUGAAGGACAAGAAAGCACUGAUCAGAUUGCUGGAUAAGCACGAUCAACAGGGUUUAGGAGGAGUGCUGCUGGAUGAUGUGGAGGAGGGGCUGCCCAACUCUGCCAAGGCCAUUAAGGCUCUGGGAGAUCAGAUCAUCUUUGUGUCCAGACCUGACAAGAAGAAGAUUCUGUUCUACAAUGACAAACACUGUCACUUCGAAAUAGAUGAAGAGUUCCAGAAGCUGUGGCGUAGUGUUCCAGUGGAUUCCAUAGACGAUGACAAGAUUGAGGAUUACCUGAAGAGACAGGGCAUCUCAUCCAUGAAGGAUACAGGACCAAAGAAAAUUACGCCAGUCCAAAAGAGAAAGAAGCCAGCAACACAGAAGAAGAGACGGUUCAAGACUCACAACGAUCAUCUGAAUGGUGUUCUGGAGGACUACUCUGACGGAGUCCCAAAGAAGUGACCCGUGUUCAUAAACGUUCCACACGAGUUAGGAUAAGGACUCUGUGUGUACACUGUAUCUCAUUGCCAAAACCACAUAGAGACAGAGACAAAGUUCUAAUGUGAAAUGAGUGUAAAUAUUUUCUUUUUGUGCCAGCACUUUAACAUGUAUGUUGAAGGCUCUUUUUUGUUUUUUAAAUAAAACUUUACAAUCA